GUUGUUUGGUUACCAACAUUCUUCCAAAUAUUUUGUGUUCUGCAUAAGAAAGUCAUACGGGUAUAAAAUGACUAGAGGGUGAUUAUGACAGAAUUUUCAUUUUGGGGUAAACUAUCCCUUUAAUAUGUUGGCAUAAUUAUAUUUGUCUACAAAAGUAAUUUCAAACAUUGAAACAUACAAUAUCAGGUUAAAAGAUUGUGUCAAGUGAUCCUCAAUAUUUGUAGUUUUCCUCUAUCUCACCAACCUUGGGUUCAAUUCUCAGGGAACACUGAUAAAAUGUAUAGGAAUGCACUGUAAAACUGUGCAAAUUAACUAAGAUUAGCUAUUAACUUGAACAUUUAGUUCUGAAAAAACACGUGAAUAUAAAGUAGAGAAAUAUUAAGGCUAUGUUAGUAACUGCAUAGCAUUUACAUUUACAUUUAGUCAUUUGGCAGACGCUUUUAUCCAAAGCGACUUACAGUGCACUUAUUACAGACAUUAGAGAUAGCAAAAUCUCUAAUGUCUAGUUUAAAGUAUUAUAUAAUUAUUUUCCCUGAUAAACCCCAUAGAUUUGCUGCUUUACCACUAAAACUAGUACUAACCAGCACUAACUAACAUAAAACGGUCUAAACCAUCACUGAAAUUCAAAAUCUGUGUCCUCAGAUCUUUUCUCAUCAUACAGCAUUUGCCACACUAGAACAAAUGUAGAGUUUGUCGUCCUCCUGUGGCUAAAGGUAUGAAUUAGCAGCUUACAUAGUUCAAGUACAACUGACACUGAUAAUAAUGGCUUUUCUAAUAGAGUUUGAUAAGAAUAGACCUGCUUGUUAAAUCAAUGUUUAUUGGCACAAUCCAGCCAGUAUAAAAAUACAACAUUUUCCAACAAAAUCUGAGAAUAAGCACAGGUCUAUACUUUAGUUAUAGUUCCAUGAUUUGCCAGCAAGCGUUGUUUUACAGGGUCGUGAGGGGCAUGAAUGUUUCCCCUCUUACUUGCGCAGCUACUCCGAUCACUUACAUCACUGUUUUGGCUGCGACUUGUACAGUAUGGGAUCAUGGGAUGGCAAAAUGUUGGCUACAUCAAGCCUUGUUAAAUUCAUCCGCUCUGUCUCUGUGUCAUUAUUCAACACAAACAAUUAGAGUAAAGCACACCACACUUGUUACCUCAAGCCCUGCAGCCAGAGAGUAGAAAUAAACAGAUGAAUUCUGGACUGUUUGGACUGAAAUAAGAUGAGCAAGAAUCAUAGCUGCUGCAUAAAAUACCUCAGCGCUACUCUGCUUGGAUCAUCUAUCAAACCAACUAAAGCUGGGAAAAUAAAGGGAUGUUGAUGUUGGAAAGAGAGAGAGAACGAGCGAGAGAGAAAGCUGAGUGUGCAGGUGUAGCAUUAUGUCAGAGAUAAAGAAAAAUGAGGAAAGCAGACAUGUGAUAGAGAAGAGUUUUUUUUCUAAAUAUUACUCGUUCACAUUUUUUUCACAGUCUUCUAGUUAAAUCCACAUAAGCACAAAGCAAUUUCUCCGCAUCUGAUGAUUAAACAUUGCAAUCCUUUCGCUUUUUACUAUAGAAUGCAACAGUUGGCAGUUUAGGAAAUAUACUGACCAAUUACACUGUUCUAACAUUAAUUGUAUAACUGAUUUAUAUAAUAAAAAAGAUAAUUGAUCUAAUCUGUGAGAUUUUAAGAAUUCAUCUGCUGUUUCAGGGUAGUUUACAAUAUACAUUGUUUUGGUGUUAGCCUAUCUAGUAAAACUGCUUGACCAUCAAAGUCUUGCUAGAUAAAAGGUCUGACGGGAACAUUCCAUGCUGGGGACCAACACCAACAACACAACAUCUGUUAAUCACCAAAUCUUGUCUUUUCAGCGGGGUUACUUCUGACACAGUAGUUCUUUACAUCAAUCACAGGCUUCUGUGAUAAAAAGGGGGGUGGAAAUAAGUACGGUUUCAGCGGCAACAACAUAAACAAACAUUACAUGGCCCACACUUAAAUUCCGCUAGACCUCGGCAAAGACUGUUGAGUAGUUUUAAUUCAAUUUAGUACAAUUAUUAUACAAUUAAACAUGAAUAUAAAUUAAUGUUAAUAUAAAUUAAAUAUAAAAUGAAUUGUUAUAUUAUAGUCACCCCCGUGACCCGAGGUAGUUCGGAUAAGCGGUAGAAAAUGGAAUGGAAUAUUAUAGUCACCAUAGCCAGACCGAUAACCAAAUACAGACUGGAAGUUAUCAUCAGGCCGGGCGUGUGUCCCAUGAAACACUCAAUACUCCAAAUCUAGCUAGUAUGUAGUAUAUAUAGCUACAGAUUUUACUAGGCUGCAUUUCGGCAGCUCACAUUUGAGCAUUCUAGUAUAAAAACAUUCAAUAGCAGUUUUACAGUCUCAGUGGACAUGAAAGACAUGAGGAUGGAAUGUUAACAGGGUCACUGUUGUUCGUCAUCUGUACUGAGCUUACACCUGUCAAGCGAUCCCUCUGGACUGAAAUCAGCUCCCAGUUGUCUAUAUGAUUAUAUUUGUCAGGACGUAAACUGAAAAGCUCUGAUACCAGACCAGCAUUCUUCAACAUGAGAAGUUACAUAGAAGCACAAAACUGUGAGCAGAAGUGAGGAGAGGGUUAGCAAACCACCAAACACCAUCAUUAAUCACAGCUCAGCUCCGGCCAGAGUCACUGACAGUCCAUGACCGUUUCAGUCAGGCAAGGCAUUUGUUAGCUCCACUAAAGCUGCUUUUUAUUAGCUACGUGACAAACCGACUUCUAACUGUUUAGAAUUUUUUAACGUUCUUCACACUCAUGGGAGAAGAUUAGGGGAUCGUGGGAAUUAUGCAGAUUUUAAAUGAUCAGUUUAGUUGAAUUUUAAUGCUGAAUAAAUAAUCAAUGUGUUUGUUCUAAUAAAUUGAGGUGGAAGACAUUACAUAGCUUUUUUUCAUAAAUUCUGAUGCAGUCCAGCUACGUGCUCGGAAUAUGAUCUCACAGGGAUUUGGAUGAGAUUUAGAAAUCUGACCAUCCUAAACACUGCAAAAAUAAAGAUUUUUUUGGCAAAUAACAACAACUUCUAUGGCUCAUUUGGUUGAUACGUGUUUUGAAUUAUACUCAUUCUGAGAAGGUCCGAGUUUGAAUUUUGCAUGAACUUUCUAUCAACCACACUUUGCUCUGGACUUUAAAUAAAAAGUUAAAUAAAAAAAACAUUCAGAGAGAAAGAACGACAUGUUCCAUAGUUUUAGGCUCACAACCAUCCUACAAAGUAAAUAUUAAAACACCACUCCACCUGCCAUACUCUGUGAAAAUCAUGUUCCCUCUUUACAAAAACAAAGACUUUUCUCAGCCUCAUUUUUACAGUAGGUAAGAGCAAUUUGAAGAACAGCUUUUCUCUCUCUGCAUCUACUAGAAGAAACCUUCAUUUCUUUGGCCUUAGUCACAAGUUAAAUAAACAGCAGUUGCUGGCUGCGGCACAGAGGGUGUUAUGUAGCGGGAAAGAGAAUCAGGACUGAUGACAGAUAUCUGCCCCCAUUCACAUGUAAGAGAACCCCAGGUGUGCCUCUGUGUGCUUGUGUGUGUGAAGUGAGAGCUGCCCCUUAGGAUUAUGGGUAAUUACACCAUCUAUCUGAGUCAAAGCAUUCUCUCAUUUUUAUCGGAGUAAAGCUUGAAUUCCCUCUAUUCACACACACAUACAGACAUGUACACGAUCACAAAAACCAAUGAUGCAAAGCAGUCUAUUUACAUGUUAUGAAGAUAAUAACCAGACUUUCUUGCAUGGCUUAUUAACACUUCAUAAACGAAAAAUACACACCUUUACCUGCAAAACGUGCUAUAGAAAUGUGUGUUGCAUUGUUUUUUUCUGGUUGGUAAGGUAUUAAACACAGAUAUAAGGCAUCUGUGUGCAAGAUCUAAGCAAGACCAACGCUCGAACCAACGGUAAAGUAUGCCAAUAAUUUGUGUGUUGUUAAUGUAAAAUAUUUUAAAUAAAAACAUCCACAAUCUAUUUUUUAUUAGAUAUUAUUUAUUAGAAUGAUCUUGCUUGUUCUAUAAACACCAUGCACUGUGCUGUGUUUCAUCUUUCUGUGUUUUUCUUAUUUUCUCCUGUAAAACUGCUUUGUAACAAUGCACAUUGUAAAAAGCGCUAUAUAAAUAUAUUGAAUUGAAUUAAAUCCACAGGGAAAAACUCCAACAAACAUCCACGUAACAAAAGAUAAUCCAUGAGAAUCUAACAAGGCAAAAACAUCCACGUAACAAGGGGGUCGGAACUAGAAACACAAAGUAACAACUACACCUGACAAAGACUACAAGAUUGGUGUGCAUAUAAAUAGUGUCCGUGUAAUGGGUGACAGAUGAGGGUACAAUCAAAGAUGGCUGCCGAGGUGUGAUGCAUGAUGGGAAAUGAAGUCCAAGGGGUCAAUAGUCCGGUUAAAGUGAACAGGUAACGUUGGGGAAGAGCGCAGGUGCGGAGGGCGUGGUCGGAGACAGUUGAGCGUUCGUUACUCCGGUGGCAGUUCACCACCGUCAUGGGACUUUACCACCGCUGUGGUGCAUUUGUCAUGGGCACCGUCACUGUAAUAUUCUGUUUUGUUGUGUUUUUGUCUUCUGUUUCUGAUGUCCUUAGUUGUUAAUAAGUCGCUCACUUUUACUCUUUACAAGAGUAUUUAUGCUUGUCUGUUUCUUUAGUUCAUUGUCUGGUUUUGUUUUAGUAACGUCUUGGUUUGUUCCUGUCUUGCUCCUAUUUGGAUUUUAUGUUCGUGGAUUUAUUAAAGCAACUCUUUUGAAUACUGCUCUGGAGUUUCAUGCAACUCACCGCACCCGCAGCACGUGACAGUCACGGCCCUAUUACAGUACAUAUGUGGAAUAUCUUGUUGGUUUAGUCUCAACAAACAAAUAAAUAAAUGCCAUUCGUUUAAAGGUAGGAUAUGAAAAGCUUUCACUCCAUUCCCGAAUGCAAAUAAUUUAAACAAAUUCAAAACCAAUUGUGAACCAUUGUUUGCUGCCAUUGAACACAAAGACUUAAAGGAACACGUUUGAGGUGAGGUUCAGAGAUGACAUCAUUCACCAUUGCUGUGACAUCAUGUGCAUUAUUUAACCAGGAGAGAACAGAUAUUAAAGGAGUAGCUUUUCCAUUUGUCAAGGCUAUAAAUAUGGUGAAUCAACAUAUGGAUCAGGAAGAAGUCAAUGAAGGGCGGUUUAAAAUUGUGUUAAUAACUAAGAGCUGUCAGGAAAAUGUUUAUGGUCUGAAAAUUGACCAUAUCCGUCAGAUUACUGCAAAGAAAACACUACUUGAGUAUCUUAAUGACCUGAAGCCUGUUCUCUACCUAUCGACGGACUCAGAUAGUGUAAGAGAGGCCAUCAAAGCAGGAUAUGGAGCAGCCAUCAUGUUCCAGACCGAUUACACUGAGCUCAGUGAUGACAAGUUACGUGUGGCCUUUGAUGGUGAUGGAGUCCUGUUUUCAGAUGAAUCGGAGAGAGUCUACAAAGAGAGAGGUCUAGAUGCUUUCUUGCAAAACGAGGAGGAUUUAGAAGACAAAGUUCUGAGAGUGGGCCCUCUAGGAGAGUUUGCUAAAGCAUUACUCUUCAUUCAAAAGAGAUUUACAAACAUCUGUCCAGUCCGUACCUACUUAGUAACAUCUCGCAACGCAGGCAGUCCUGCAAUAAGAGGCUUCAAGACUCUACAGGAGCAUGGAUUGGGCAUAGAUGAGGCAUUCUUUCUCGGUGGUGCUCAUAAAGGGCCCAUACUAAAAGCUAUUAAACCUCACAUCUUCUUUGAUGACCAACAAUCACAUGUUGAUGGAGCCCUAGAACAUGGUGUUGUUGGUGCUUAUGUACCUUUUGGGGUAUGCAGUAAUUAAGAAUUAAGCAUGAUGACUGGUUCUGCUGGUGUGAUUUCUAUAAUGAGGGAAGAUACUUUGGUAAUCAUUUCACUGUUGUGUUUUAUGGCUUUAUAAGUGCAAGAAACGAAGGCAAAAAAAUAGUUGGCAUGUUGUCUCUGUCAGGCUCAAACCUCAUACCGCCAAAACUUCAACAUUUCAGGAAAUGGAGCAAAAAACGUAUUUUGGUUUAAUAUUUGCAAAACCCACAGAUAUAGAUGAUCAAUAUUAAUUAUUUAUGAAAAAGUGAAAAUCAUGAAAUAUGGAUAUAAAAGUGUUAUGCUUGACAGCAACAAUAUAUAAAUGGUCAAAUAAAACAAUAAAUUGAUCAUAAAGUUUUAUAAAUGUUUUAGUAUUUUACCUUAAUUACGCUCUGUACCUUUUUGUUUUCUCAUAAUAAACAUGAUGCUUGCUA